UUUACCAUAUUUCAUAUUGGGAAACCAAACACUGCCUUGCCACUUGCUAUCACCCGCGUAGUGUAACAGAAUCAACCGUUCAAAACACCGUCCCUCUCUCUCUCUCUCGAAAACAACAGAGACAGAGGAGAGAGAAACAAUCAUUCAAUCAACAAUGGGGUCUCUCCCUCCAUGUCCAGACCUCUCACUCCCCUCUUCCAAAGAAACCCUAAUCGACCCAAACGACCUCCUCAGCCUCUUCAAAUCCCAGCAAAAGUAUCUCAAUUUCUUCUUCCAAAACCUCGAUCUCUCCCAAACCCUAGCCUUCACUCAAACCCUCUUGAAUUCCCAUGGCACCAUCUUCUUCUCCGGCGUCGGAAAAUCUGGUUUCGUAGCUCGCAAGAUCUCCCAAACCCUAGUGUCCCUCGGAAUCCGAUCUGGGUUUCUCUCCCCUGUCGAUGCCCUUCAUGGCGACAUCGGCAUUCUCUCCGACUCCGAUGUUCUCGUGAUGUUCAGCAAGAGCGGAAACACCGACGAGCUCUUGCGGCUCGUGCCGUGUGCCAAGGCCAAAGGUGCGUACUUGAUCUCUGUGACUUCCACGGAGUCGAAUUGCUUGAUGGAUUUGUGCGAUUUGAAUGUGUAUUUGCCUCUGGAGAGGGAAUUGUGCCCGUUCGAUCUUGCGCCGGUGACAUCGACUGCCAUUCAGAUGGUUUUUGGGGACACUGUGGCAAUUGCCCUGAUGGGUGCAAGGAAUUUGACUAAGGAUGAGUAUGCCGCGAAUCACCCAGCUGGGCGGAUCGGGAAGAACUUGAUUUUCAAGGUGAGAUAGUGUUGGUUUGACUGAAAUUUGAGAAUUAUUUGUGUUAAUAUAAUUCUAUGAAGAGAGAGAAAAGAGAAUAAUCUGUAUAUUGAAUCAUCAUAACGAAACACAAGUACAAGGUCGUUUAUAUGGUGUACAAUAAGUCCUAAGUAUUGAGGAAGGAAUGGUUGGA